UCAGCCAGCUGAUGAAAGCUCUCGCUCAGUCAGGAUAAGAUGUCAGAGAGUCUCAGAGCAGAGCAACGGGGUUUUCUGCCAUUGCACCUACUUAUCCUGCUGCUUUGCCUUAGCUGGGGUGUUAUUCCUUCCCAAGCCCAAGGAGAGAAUGUGGAGGGCAAAUUGGAAUCGUCAAGGCAACAAACGGAAAAGGAAAAGCAUGAACAUUAUGAGAUAAUAGUGCCUUAUCUGCUGAGGGGAGAAGAGUGGGAAGCAAUAGGUAGCGUUUCUACAAAGAGUCAUCCACCAGCGAUGAAAGUCCUACUAAAAGCUAAAGAUAUACGACUACUUAUCAGCUUGGAAAGAAAUAAGGGUCUUUUUGCUGGAAACUUUAGCACAACGCAUUAUACGGAAGAUGGAGCUUUUGUGUCCACUGCACUUAACUACACGGAUCACUGUUACUACCAUGGAAAGGUAGAAGGCUACUCUGAAUCAUCCGUCAGCGUCAGCUCUUGCUCAGGCCUCAGGGGAUUAAUUACACUUGAAAACAGAGCAUAUGUGUUGGAGCCACAGGCUAAUUCCACAACCAGUCACCUCUUCUACCAAGCAGAACAUCUAAAACUGAUUUCAGGAUCCUGCAGCCAACAUUUUAACCUCUCGGGCGUUUCCCUGAGUGACAAUUUCCAGCAUUCUCAAGAUACUUUCAAAAGGCACAAAAGAGAUACUGUGAAGACGACCAAGUACGUAGAACUUGUCAUUGUAGCGGAUAAUCGUGAGUAUCAGAGACAAGGAAAGGACGUGGACAAAGUCAAACACAGGCUCAUUGAAAUGGCAAAUUAUGUGGAUAAGUUUUUUAGGCCAUUGAAUAUACGAGUGGCUCUGGUUGGAGUAGAGAUAUGGAGUGAUUCAGACAAAUGUUCCAUAACCCAAGAUCCUUUCACCACUCUCCAAGAGUUCCUAGAUUGGAGGAAACUGAAGUUAUUACCUCAGAAACCCCAUGACAACGCACAGCUUGUCAGCGGGGUGUAUUUCCAAGGGACGACUAUCGGCAUGGCUCCCAUAAUGAGCAUGUGCACUGCAGAUAAGUCUGGAGGAAUCGUUAUGGACCAUUCCGGUAAUCCUCUUGGGGCUGCCGUGACGCUUGCGCAUGAACUUGGGCACAACUUUGGCAUGAAUCAUGACACAUUGGAAAGAGGGUGCAAUUGCAGAGGAUCGGCUGACAAUGGGGGCUGCAUAAUGACUCCAUCUACUGCAUACCCAUUCCCCACAGUGUUUAGCAGCUGCAGCAAGAAGGAUUUGGACAGCAGCCUGGAAAAGGGAGUGGGCAUGUGUCUAUAUAACAUGCCUGAAGUCACAGAAUCAUUUGGAGAGCAGAAGUGUGGAAAUGGAUAUGUGGAAGAAGGAGAACAGUGUGAUUGCGGUGAACCAGAUGAAUGUACAAACCCCUGCUGUAAUGCCAGCCUGUGUAUGCUGAAGCCAGGAGCUGUCUGUGCACAUGGACUUUGCUGUGAGGACUGCAAGCUAAAGCCAGCGGGAACUCCAUGCAGGGAUGCAAACAAUUUUUGUGAUCUGCCUGAGUUUUGUUCUGGAACCAGCGCUCACUGCCCAGCCAAUGUUUAUUUACAUGAUGGCCACCCAUGUUUCAAGAUAGAGGGAUACUGCUAUAACGGUGUGUGCCAAACCCAUGAGCAACAAUGCAUUACACUAUGGGGCCAAGGAGCCAAACCUGCCCCAGGGAUCUGCUUUGAGAGAGUCAAUUCAGCCGGGGAUCCCUAUGGAAACUGUGGGAAGGAUUCUACCGGAUCUUUUACCAAGUGUGAGAACAGAGAUGCCAAAUGUGGAAAAAUUCAGUGUCAAGGAGGAGCAAACCGUCCUGUAAUUGGCACUAAUGCCGUUUCCAUAGAAACCAAUAUUCCGCUGCAAGAAGGCCGUCGCAUCCUCUGCCGUGGGACUCAUGUUUAUCUGGGGGAUGACUUGCCAGACCCCGGGCUUGUCCUGGCUGGCACCAAAUGUGAAGAAGGAAAAAUAUGCCUGAACCGGAAGUGUCAGAAUAUCAGCAUAUUUGGUGUCCAUGACUGCGCGCUGAAAUGCCACGGGCACGGAGUUUGCAAUAAUAAAAAGAACUGCCAUUGUGAAGCUGAAUGGGCGCCUCCAUUUUGUGACAAACAUGGUUUUGGUGGCAGCGUUGACAGUGGAUCAGUCAGACUGCAUGAUAACAGAAGCUUGAUCACGGGGAUGAUAGUGACAUUCGGCUGCAUUUUCCUUGCUGCUUUUAUUGUGUACCUCAAAAGGAAGACUUUGUUCCAAUGGCUUUUCUCUAAUAAGAAGACUACUAUUGAAAAGUUAAGGUCGGUGAGACCAUCAAGAGGUGGGUGCUCAAAUGAGCCUAAUCAAGAGUAUAGCACAGCGCUUUCUAAGCAUGUCCUGAGCAAACCCGCGUGUCCACCAAAGGAGGAAAGUUCCAUACAGUACAAUACAAGGCUGCCCCGCUGUCACCCGAUUGACAUUAGCCACCCAAUACGGAUACUUGAAUUACCUCAGCACAGCCUUCCGAGAAAAGUCCAAGCGCCACUUCACAGUCUUCCAUUCCAACAAACAGUGCCUGCACGGCCUCUUCCAGCAAAGCCUUCUGUUAGAUGUUUACAGGGUUCCUGCAUACCAAGCCCUCCACAAAAGCCACUGCCAGCCGUUCCGUUAAAUAAAACUUCCCAGUCCGAUAGUGCCUUAGGCACAAUGUUUGAACAUCGGGAACACGUGCCUCGGAUCACUCCUGUGAGGCCGGCCCCCAAGUGCCCCCCGCAGCAGCCAGGGCCCAUCAAGCCCCCUCAGCGCAAGUGA